GAGCGCCUCUUCGGUGUUUGGGGGUUCGAAUCCCACGCUCAGGCGUUUAAUGCAAGCUGAAUCUCCUGAGCUCCCGCCUUGCCCAGUUUUUGACCUGGUGUGUGUCUGGGUGGUGGGGGGUGGGGUAGAAGACUGCGUGGGUGAUUCUCUUCCGUCUUUGUAGAUCAACUUUGACGCCAAGUUCACUUCCCUGCUACUUACAAGCUGAAACUGGCCCAGACCUACAGGAUAGGAAGGAACCACGUUGUGCCCUUCAAAAUCAGAGCAAAGUUGUUUUAUAGAGAAUUUCAUAAAUAUUAGUAAUUAAUAUCAUACUUAAAGUUCAAUCUCUGAAACAUCUAUUGAGAACUCCACUCUUAGUUGGUAGGUGCUGCAGGAAUUGAAAACACUGACCCUCGUAGGAUGCGCAGUGAGUGUCCCUAAAUAAGGAAAUGGACUCAGAGAGGUCGUGAUCUGCCUAAAAGUCAUGCAAAUAUUUGAUUCGGGCGUUUGACUCUAGGCCUGUUUGCCUCUAACUACUCCAAUCCUGGUGUCUGAGGCAAGGGAUUCAUUUAUGGUGGUGAUGUCUCGGGAGACAGAAGCGGAGUGUCAGCAGUCCCACAGCAGCAGUGCCUGCUCCCAGUCCCAUGGCCUCUCCUCGCAGAUACCUGGCUCCUCCUCACAGCCGCAGGGCACAUCCAGUUCCUCCACCAGCACAGUGCCCACCUCUAGUCAGUCCUCUCACUCCAGCUCAGGGACACUGAGCUCCUUAGACACAGUGUCCACUCAAGAACUUGCCUCUAUUCCCGAGGACCAAGAACCAGAGGAGCCCGUCCCUGCCCCUUGGGCUCGAUUAUGGGCCCUACAGGAUGGAUUCACUAAUCUUGAGUGUUUUAAUGACAACUACUGGUUUGGGAGGGACAGAAGCUGUGAAUAUUGCUUUGAUGAACCAAUGCUGAAAAGAACAGAUAAAUACCGAACUUAUAGCAAGAGGCACUUUCGGAUUUUCAGGGAAAUGGGUCCUAAAAACUCUCACAUCGCAUACAUAGAGGAUCACAGUGGGAAUGGAACCUUUGUAAAUAGAGUCCUUGUUGGGAAAGGAAAACGCCUUCCUUUGAGUAACAAUUCUGAAAUUGCACUUUCAAUAUGGAGUAAUAAAGUUUUUGUAUUUUUUGAUCUGACUGUAGAUGAUCAGUCAGUUUACCCUAAGGAAUUAAGAGAUGAAUACAUCAUAUCAAAAACUCUUGGAAGUGGUGCCUGUGGAGAGGUGAAGCUAGCUUUUGAGAGGAAAACAUGUAAAAAAGUAGCCAUAAAGAUCAUUAACAAAAAGAAGUUUGUUGGCUCUGAGAAAGAGGCAGAUCCAGCUCUCAAUGUUGAAACAGAAAUAGAAAUUUUGAAAAAGCUAAAUCAUCCUUGUAUCAUCAAGAUUAAAGAUGUUUUCGAUGCCAAAGAUUAUUAUAUUGUUUUGGAACUGAUGGAAGGAGGAGAGCUGUUUGACAGGGUGGUGAAUAAGCGCCUGAAGGAAGCUACAUGCAAACUUUAUUUUUACCAGAUGCUCCUGGCUGUACAGUACCUUCAUGAAAAUGGCAUUAUUCAUCGGGACUUAAAACCAGAGAAUGUUCUACUCUCAUCUCAAAAAGAGGACUGUCUGGUAAAGAUUACUGAUUUUGGGCAGUCCAAGAUUUUGGGAGAGACCUCUCUCAUGAAAACCCUAUGUGGAACCCCCACCUACCUGGCCCCUGAGGUUCUUGUUUCCUUUGAGACUGCUGGUUAUAACCGUGCUGUAGACUGCUGGAGUUUGGGAGUGAUUCUUUUUAUUUGCCUGAGUGGGUAUCCACCUUUCUCUGAUGCUAAGAAUCAAAUGUCACUGAAGGAUCAGAUCACCAGUGGAAAAUACAACUUCGUUCCCAAGAUCUGGGCAGAGGUCUCAGAGCAGGCUCUGGACCUUGUCAAGAAGUUGUUGGUAGUGGAUCCAAAGACACGUUUUACAACAGAAGAAGCCUUAAGACACCCAUGGCUUCAGGAUGAGGACAUGAAGAGAAAGUUUCAUAAUUUGCUAUUUGAAGAAAAUAAGUCAACAGCUCUAUCCCCAGUUUCAGCCCAGCCUUCCACAAGUCAAAAGCGUCAUCUUGAAGAGGAAGCAGAGGAUGCUAACACCACAAAGCGUCUGGCUGUGUGUGCUGCUCUCUCAUGAGCACUGGUUGAACACACGAGAAAUGAGCCCUGCUGUCAUUUUCUUUUAACCCAUUUUUUUGUAGUUUGUAUUUCGAUUUUGGGAACAAUUGCUCUUUCCAUAAUCAUUAAUGCACAAUUAAAACUCUAAUGGAACCUGGAACUUGGGCUUCUGCUUGAUG